AUGGACGAAUCGCAUAGCCGCGACAGUUUGAUCAAGUAUGGCGUCUUUUUAGCCCUUCAAAAGGUUCGUUUUGUUUUAAAAAUGAAUUUUUUGAAAAUAUUUUCGUUGAAAAGGCGAUCAAAAGCAAGUUUAGAUUGAUGGUGAGCACGUUAAAGUUUUCCGUUUGACUCCAAAGCUGAAGAUUAGCCACGAAAAGUUGAAGUUCGAUGGGGACAGGUUUCUGAUUUAUUUUGUCCCUAGGAAGAUUAUAACUUUGAAAAUUUCUCAGUGUUGUUGGCAAGCCAUACGGGCUGUUUGAAAUAGUGUCGGAACAAUGUCAACCACUUGCUGUCGAGAAAUUGAUCGAGGAAGAAGUCGAGCAAGCUUCUUCUUCUGUUGAGCCAGAUGCGGCAGUGGUCAAAGGUUUGAAAAUUUUGCUGGUGUUUUUAAAGGAAAAUCUCAAAGGAGGAGGUUUGUAGGUUUGACAAGCUUAUUUCGGGUCACUCAAAUCUGUCGCGCUUUUACAAUUUUCUCGGCUUGAAACACCUCAUUCGCGUCUCCUUUUCGGUGCCAAUUGAACGUUUUCGCGUUAUCAGGUUCUUAGAAAGCUCUUACGCGUUUUAUAUUAGAUGAAAGAAGAUAAAUUUCAUCAACUAGUGCGAUAUUUUCUGAUUCGGCGUCAAAACACGUCGCAUGAACUGCGAAUUCCCGCCGUUCCAAACCGAGACAAAAUGACUCUAGUAUAACAGAAAAAAAAACUGAAACUCGGCUUCAGAAGUGCUCGCGGCGGUUCUGAAACAAACCGAUUCGGUUGAAGGAAGUACCGAUGAGCAGACGGCAGCUUCUCCAGUUGCGAUAGCCCCGUCGGCCUUGCGAUUGGCUGUUGAUGAAGUUUCGAGCAAGAAAAAGGGUCAAGAAAGAUGAAUAAUUGACAGGCACGACAAGAAUUGACGCAGGAAAACGUUCUGGCGUUGAAGAAGAAUGGAACUACCACCAGUGAAUUGGUUAGUUAUAAGUUUAGAAAAAAUUGGAAGGAUUUUUUUUUAGCUCAUUUCACUCUGCGGUUAGAUAUUUUUUGAAAAUUAGUCACAAAAGCACACCUAAAAGUCAAAAAAAAAAACCCUUUAAAAUUCGUGAAAAUAGGCCGUAUUGGGGCUCUGAACCAAUAUUUCUCAAAAACAAGGAAGUUGUGCAGAUUGAGAGUUUCAGAAUCUUCUUUAGGUAAAUUUUCGAAAAGUAGUAGAGAAUCCCUUGAAAAAUUGCCAAUUUAAGGUCGCGAAACUCGUCGAAGGAAACAAAGCGUACAACACGAGAACCGUUUUCUCACAGAGUAAAUAUAUCAAGCGGAAAACGCAAAAACAUUCGGAUCGGUGGGAUUUUUUAUCAACAAAAUCAAAAUUGGCUAUAACGAACCCUGUUACUUUUUUGGUUGUCCUAUUUCGAAUAUUCGAACUCAGCGUGGUCGAUUGUUCUGAAUAACUUUGUUUUACUUGAUUGAAACCCUCUACACGUAAAAAAGAAAGUAUUCUUCGAGGCGCAUUUGAAGAUGUGCAAAAUUCAAAUUUUUUCGAUUUGUUAGGCGAUACGGCUUCGGAAGAAAAAUGAACUUUUUAAGAAAAAAUUUUCUACAGAAUUUCUUUACUUUUAGAGCCUUAAUUUUGCGCCCGACCUUACGGUUGAUCUCUAGUUCCUAUUACACGAAAGACGCUGACAGAAUCGCCAAUUUGAGGUUUUUCUCGAAAAAAGAUUCGAUUUCAAUUUUUUCUUAGAAUCGAUCAACUUGGAAUGAUCCUCCAAAUGGCCGGCAUUCAUUACAACAAAAAUGUUGUCCUUUUUGAUCAGGUAUUUUUUAUCUGGGGAAUAAAUGAUAAUUUUGUGAGGUUAGAGUGAAUCGAAAUAAAAGUUUCAGAACGCCUUUUAUGCUCAAAAACCAACUUCCAGAACUCAUAUUACUAUUUAUAACUAGGAAAAAGUUCAUUCAGACUCUCGGAUUGGUUACUGCUGCGGUCGUUGAACGUUUGGGCGGAAAAGGGAAAUGCGUUCAUAUUCAUAGGGUCUUUUCACUGGAAAACCCCUUAACGGAACCUUUUUCCAGGGCUCCAUUGCUCAAUCGAUUCCCUGCUUUCAUUCAAUGAGUUUUGAUGAGAAGGUGGGUUUUUUCAAAUUAUUAAUAUCCUCAAACUUAUGAGAUUUGAGUUUCCAUCAGUUUUUCAGGUUCUGUUAUAGUUAGAAUCGUUUGAACCGCAUUUUUUUUGGCAUCCCAGACCUAUAGUGAAAAAUGAGGCUGUGAAUUGUUUGGAACAAAAAAGUCGUGUUUAAAAAUCAUAAGUUGUAGAUGAGACAGUUUGUUUAUUUUUUCUGGAAGCUCGCUUUAGUCAUAAAAAAUUUCCAAAAAAAGUACGAAUUUAUCGGAAAUUUUAAAGUAGCUUUUUUCGCGGUUUCAGAUCAGUUCAACGUUCCUGCCAGUGAGAAUUUCCUGUCUUCUGGCCGGAAAACAACUGCCGUACGACACAAAUCGUCCGAAUUAUAAAGAAGGACCCGAAGAGAAAAAGUCGAAAGUCGAAGAAGACGUCGAAAUGAACGAAGUCAAGCCGGGGACUUCUGAAGGCGGCGCUCCGUUCUACGAAGUUGAUGUGCGGAGUUUUCGAAGAAAUUCGAAAUUGAACCAGUUCUUUCGAAGAAUUUGAAUUCUCGAAAACAAGUUAUUAACUUUAUUGAAGGAAAUGACUUUUAAAAUGGUCAGAAAGAAAAUUAGUUGGAAAAAAAGUAAUUGCGAUCAAAAAUUUUUCGCAGUCAUUAAUUGCACACGUGCUUUUUUUCAGAACAAUAUCAUUAAAAAAAUUUUAGAAUUUCUGAAAAAUCAAAGAGACAUGAAUAAUUGCUUCUUUUUCAAUGAAUCGUCAAAUGGAAAGAAAAAUAUGCAAGAAGAAGCCUUUUUGGCUUUCAAAUUUUUUUCACAGUAAUUUAAAAAAAUUGGAUCUAUAUUUUUGUUUUUAAAUAACCCCAAGUCUCAUGUACGGAGUUUGAUUUUUCUAAACUUUCCGGAUUUUUGAUUACUGUUAUUUGUGAUAUUGUUCUGGAAUUUCAGUGCGCAGAAGAAGAAAAAAGAAACGCAGCUUCGUAUAAUUUCAAAAAGACUGAACUCAACACGAGGAAGACUCGACUAAAAAAUUAUUUUCGUAAUUUCUCUCACGGUAUAGAAACUUCAGACUUUUUGUCUUUUCUUUUUGCAUUUCAGUUCAUAAAAAAGGCGCCGGAACAAUAUUCGAAUAAAGUUAUGGAGUGAAUCUGGGGAGAUCUUGAGAAUCAAUUGCAAAAAAAUAUCAAAUUUUUUUAAAUUUUUUUCAAGAAGCCUAAUAUUUUCGAAGUUCAGAGAAUUUCAGCUGAAAAUCCGUUUGAAAAUAGUGAUUUAGGAGGCUGCUUUGAAACGACGCCAAGAUCGGUUGGACAGCGAAAAAUUGGGAUUGGAGUUGAUCGAUAGAGGAGCUGAUUCCCUGAUUAUCGCGACGAGAACCGUAAUGUUUUGAGCUGUUUUUUUUUCGAAACAAGGAUAGUUUCAAAAAAAAUAUUCAGAUUUUUUUGUACUCGGUAAUGAGGAAUUUCUUCAAAAACUUAUUUUUAACCAUUUUUUUCGAUACGAAUUUGUCUAAUUAUACAGACAAUGAAAAAAAGAUUUUGUUACUUUUUUUGACCUUUUUGCAGGUCGACCCAGUUUCUAUUCUCGAAAUACUCUACCCGAAACUGAGAUCGGGCUCCACGGUAGUGAUUUAUGGACCACAAUUAAAGGUUUUGAAAUUUAAAAAAAAAAUAUAAAUCGGACUUUUCCAGCCCCUCAUUGACGCUUACGAAUGGCUGGUGAAAAAAAAUGCGAUCCAUAUGCAGCUCGUCGAUCAAAUGUACCGGGUUCAGCAGGUUCUUAAUUUUUUUUCCGCUUUCUAGGUGUUCGGAAAAAGGAGGAAUCUUUUUUUCAUAACGGUAAAAUCUGACAAAAGUCGAAUGAAUUGAGAAGUUAUUGACACUUUCAAAAGUUUGAAGCUCUUGGUUUGAUUUUUAAAUUAUUUAUUUUUGUAAAAAAAAGUCGAGAUGGUCAUGGAAAUCGGCCAAAAUUUGAAGUUUCUCGAUAAAAAAAUUUAUCUGAAGGGGAAUCGUUACGUUAGGAAUACUUUAGAAUUCUUUUUUUAUUUGAGAAAUGAAAAACUGAAAUAUCUGAAAAAUUGGGUGCUUUCAGAGGAAAAAAAGUUGUCCGUUGAAAAAGUUAGAGCUCAUAAAUUAUUUGGCCAGCUUCACAAAAUAAUAAAUUAGCCGCAUAUGGCGAUUUCUUCGAAGGAGAUCAUUUGUUUGAUAGUGAAAAGAUAUUUCGCAGCUUUUUUUUUUCUCAAUUUAGCGCUUCUAAUUUCCCUUUUUUAUUAAGAUUAUCAGGAAUUUUUUUUGUGCAAGGACGAUCUAAUCAAGUCGCCUUUGUUUAUGAGUUAGUUGAAACAGGGGAAUUCGUGUUAUUUAUUAUUUUAUAUCUUGGAUGGAAUCAUUUUUCAGGUGCUCCCUGACCGUACCCAUCCGAUGAUGUCGCAACAUGUCGUCGGAGGAUUCCUUCUGAGUGCGAUCAAGGCGAUUCCGCCGCCUCAAACCGUAGAAAUUGCCCAAAAAUUUGAAAAUGCUGAUUGA